CAGAUUCUGCUGCCUACGGGGCCGCGUCGAAGUCCACUUACUUUUCUGGGGGCUUGGAUCCCGGUAAACUAAACUGUGGAGGUGUCGGGGGGGGUUGAGUGUUGGUGGAACUCUUCAGUACUCCUCAUCCUCUCCGUAGACGCUGACAGAGUCCAUCGCCCAGACGGCAGUUGCCCGCGGUCGGUGCCCAGCCAGCGAAGCGGGAGCCAUGCCUGUCCCCGCUGGAUACCUCAGCGACUCCCCCGCUGCGGCCUUCAUAUCCUCGGCCUCGCUUAUCCCGCCGCCACCGAUAAACACACAGCAGCCCGGUGUUGUCACCUCGCUGCUGUACAGCGGCUCCAAGUUUAGGGGCCACCAGAAGAGCAAAGGGAACUCCUACGACGUGGAAGUAGUUUUGCAGCAUGUCACCAUGGAGGAUUCCUACUUGUGUGGCUACCUGAAGAUAAAAGGACUGACUGAGGAAUACCCAACUCUGACCACGUUCUUCGCUGGAGAGAUCAUCAGCAGGAAGCGGCCUUUUCUCACCCGGAAAUGGGAUGCAGACGAGGAUGUGGAUCGUAAGCACUGGGGCAAGUUCCAAGCCUUCUACCAGUAUGCAAAGACAUUCAACUCAGAUGAUUUUGACUAUGAGGAUCUGAAGAACUCUGACUAUAUUUUCAUGAGGUGGAAGGAGCAGUUUCUGGUCCCUGACCACACAAUCAAAGACAUCAGCGGCGCUUCCUUUGCUGGAUUCUACUACAUCUGCUUCCAGAAAUCCACAGCAACGAUCGAGGGCUACUACUACCACAGGAGCUCUGAAUGGUACCAGUCUCUAAACCUCACGCACGUUCCCGAGCACAGUGCAGCCAUCUACGAGUUCCGGUGACAUUGGCUGGCAUCGUGGAUCUCUUUUUUUGUUAUGGAAAGAGACUACAGGCAAAGCAGAGGUCUACGGAUGCUACCGAGGAGGAAAAGGAGAAUGACUGGGGAUGAGGAUUUGGGCUUUGGAGAAGUGCAAACUCUUACAAGCUCCCAAUAAAUGGAGGGAUAGCUGAUGGACCAGUGGAUGGGAUAUUGGACACAUGAAUGUAGGAAAGGAUAAGAUGAGAAGAAACUGCAGCUCUGCUCCCGGGCUGGAAUUUGUAAAGUUAGAACGAGCAGCAGAGACUGGGCAUUGCUCAUAUAGUGUAUCCCUUUGUUCAUUUGUUUUAAUGUCUGUUUUUAAAAACAAUUGGCACGGUAUCAGUCACUUUAUAAGCUGAGUUGGGAAUUCCCCUUCUUGUUUUGCAAUUAGAAUCGUUUCCAGCUUUCAUCCAGCCGAUGCGGAGUAAGCAACAUAAACACAUUUGCCUGCUGUUCAGACAAGGAUUCCUCAUGAGGCGUCUGCUCUUACGAACACAAUCUCUAAAGAAGUGAAUCACCAAGUCUGUGUGGAAGUAAAGCAAGAGAGAAAUUUGGGUUCAUGAUUGAUUGAUUGAUUGAUUGAUUUGAUUGGCACAAGCUUUAAUCAGCCCAUAAGCUAGAAUGACAGUAUUUGUUUUGUUUUUUAAGCUAAGCUGGUUCUUUGUUUGCCUGCUUAAGAAGAUAUUUUGUUAUUUUACUCUAAAUGAUGGACACAGAGUGGCACUUUUAAAGGCUGCAAUGUGGGUGACAUACAACGAGCUUUUCCCCUGUGUUCAUACGAUUGCUUGGGAGAUUAUCACAUGUGAUUGCUGUGGAUUGUGUUCUAUUGAUUUACAUUUGCACAAAGAUGGACUAUGUUACUAAUGCUUACAGUCAGGAUUUUACCCUCACAUGCCCCAGUACACAAGCAUCAAGGUGACAGGUCAAGCUUUUAGGCUAGUUUUUAAGAGUCUGACUGUUUGUGUGGAGGGGGUGUUUAGAGCCAAAACAAUUAAAUUAAGUAUUCAAAAAGAGAGUAUUUUUACCCUGCACUCUGCAUUAAACAAAUAGCUUUUUACUCCCUCGUGUCAUUUUAACAGCAGAACCCCACUACCCCUACAUAUGUCUCCUAGACUAUGCAACACUUUCAACAUCGCACUUGGUGCAUAAAACCUUCAGUUUUCAGAGACAAAAUUUUAUUCUAUCCUCAAAGUAUAUAGAAAAAAAGAGUAUAUCUUCAUUAAAGGAAAUAUUUUUGUCAAAUUGUCUAUGAAAACACCCCUUAAUCAUGUUCCCUUUCCAUGUGAUGGUGCCAUCUUUCUAAAGCUUAUCAGAGUUGUAUUAUAACAGUGUUUGAAUUUGACUGGUGUUAUGACUGUAUGGAUAAGAAUGGAUUAUGGAUUUUAAAAAACCAUAUCAAAACA